UGACAGUAGGAGGAUCCAAAGGAAGUUGAUACUCGUUUUAGUUAUAGAAAAGUUGGAUAAAAAUUUCAAAAAUAUUAGGGCGAUUUAAGUGGUAAAUAAGCCACGCACACUGUUUAAGUAAUACCACUCGUCAUAUGGUAUAUGACAGCUUACAUAGAGGUUAGUAAACAAUCGGAAUCCACUGUGAUUCGGUAGACAUUUGCAUUGAACAAAAAAUAUUGGAAACAGGAAGUGAUUUUUUCUAAAAAAUGUCCGGUGCAGGAGCAACAGCAAGAAUUUCAUCAAAGCCACAGACUCUAGAGGAUGCAUAUUCCCCUCCAGCUAAUUUUCUAGAAAUUGAUGUCACAAACGCUGAAACACAUGGAAUUGGCAAAAAAAGAUACACUGACUAUGAAGUUAGAAUGAGGACAAACCUACCAAUAUUCCGCGUGAAAGAAUCAAGUGUAAGGAGAAGGUACAGUGAGUUUGAAUGGCUGCGAGUUGAACUAGAGAGAGAUAGUAAAAUAGUAGUGCCCCCUCUCCCAGGAAAAGCACUAUCAAAGCAACUACCAUUUCGAAAUGACGAUGGCAUUUUUGAAGACGACUUUGUUGAGGAACGACGAAAGGGAUUAGAACAAUUUAUAAAUAAGGUUGCUGGACACCCAUUAGCGCAGAAUGAAAAAUGUUUACAUAUUUUUCUUCAAGAACCUAUAAUAGAUAGAAACUAUGUACCAGGAAAGAUUCGUCAGGUCUGAGUAUAUAACGAACCUUGAACGUUCAAUGGAAUUAUUGCAAUCGCUGAAGGAAUGUACAGUAUAUGAUAUUGUUAAAUAAACAACAAUUAAAAGAAGCUUCUGUGUAUGUAAUAUGUAUAUAUAACUGGACUCUAGGAUACACUGUAUGUAUAAAUGUGUGUGAUAACAUCAGAUAGAAUUAAUCUCAGAUAGACGAUCUAUUUGACCUUGAUUUUGAUUUAGUGGAUAGUGCCAUCUAUGAGAAUGCCAUGAGUGCCAUCUAUGUGGAAUUUGCUUACUAGUCGGCAGUUCCAUCCACUGACCCAGUAUCGGGGGAUCGGGUGUUGUUUCCGAGCUCGUAGCCAGCUUUUGCUAAGGGGGGGGGUCACUUUUCUUAAUUCAAGGGUGGGUUGGUUCAAAUUUAACAAUUUGGUCUCAAAAUCACAUGAAAAGUGCUCAAAAUGGUAAAA